UUCAAGAUAUAUAAAAAAUAUUCGAAUUUAAUUUAUAAAUGUCCAUCAUUUUCAUUCAGCGCGAGAUGGAUAGCAAACAAUCAUCACUCAAAACCUGUGCAGUCGAAGAUAAUUUUGACUCUGCCGUUGAUAGCGGGGAAUACGAUAUGUUUAUGGGAAUCUAUGAGUUGAGCGUUACCCUUGGACAUUAUCAUCCUAAUAUACACCAGAUAAUGCGAGUCUUGGAUAAAAGUAAAACCUCAACCAAUGAUUCGAUGGAAGUGGUGCUGCUUAAUGAUAUCCGUCUGCGUUUCGAGGAUCUGCAGGAGGGAGAAGAUACUGAGGAGAAGCCCCUACACGAGGCUGAGCAGCAUGUCUUUCUGUAUCUCUGUAAGGAGCUUUCUAACAUGGAGCCGGACGAGCGCGAGCGUAUGAAAUACAUCAAAUUUUGCUGCGAGCUUUUCGAUGAGGAUCGAAGCAAGGAUAUGGGUCUUGAGGAAACUUUAAGUUUCCGUCUAAGAUGCGUAGAUCGUUUACACAUAAACAUUCAGAAGAUAAUGGCACGUCUUGAUGCAUCCACCGAUGAGGAGUCUAAUGUUGAAGUCCAUGUGAAUGGACAUUUAGAUUUAAGUGCUAGUGUCACAGAUGCUCUGAAUUUUAAUGGGAAUGCUGCUGAAGAUGCUUCCGUUGUGGUACCUUCAGAUGUCCAGAGGGAAAUGCCUGUAGAUUUCCCCUUGGAUAUUCCUGUAGGUACACGACUGUCUGUUACGGAUGACCCGGAUGAACUUCCUGUCCGCGAUGAUGGAGAUAUUCCCUUGAAUGCUGCAAGAGAGGUUUCUGUGGCUAUUCCUGUUAAUGAUAUUGUGGCAAUUCCGUUAGAUAUUCCGAUGGAAAUUGCACUUGAUAUUCCUGUGGGUCAGCAAUCAAAUGCAGCGCAAGAAAUUGUUCGCGAAUCUCAUGGGAAUAAAGAUGAUUUGGCGUGGGAGCAUCUGAAACAAACCCAACAUUUAAUAUCGGAAUUCAUACGAAAUAUGACAACGAUGGUUAAAGGAGGUCCAAGAACAGACUCAGAUCAGGUGCAGAAAUUCCCCCAAGAGAGGCCUGAAGAUUUAUCUUUUUUGGACGAUGGUCUGGAAGAUAUAUCGUCAGGAUUGAGUCAUACUGCUUGUGAUGUUCCGAUAAAUACCUUGCCGGAAGCAGAUAAUUCCUUGUCCAGAUUGACAGCAGAAAAGCACAAUAAAAAAGUUACUUCGAUUCCACCCAGAGAGAAAUCUAAAAAUGAAUUCAAAGAACUCUUUGAUUGUUCGGACAACCUGCAAGCCGUCAGAUCUCUUACUGUGAAUAUGGAACAGCAAACAGACUUAGGAUUCGCAUCGAAAUGGCAACAUCAGCGUCACAUUUUUGCGGCCCCGCGUUAUAUUUUCAAACUCUUCAAGUCAAAUCCCGGCUAUCAAUGGCUCUCAGAUGAUCGGAAUGCUCCCAAUUUCUUUGAACAAUUGGACCAGUUCUAUGAGGUAAGGGCACAUAAGGAUAAUGCACCUUCUACACAGAUCAGUGUGUCCUCGAUACUAUCACGUCUAAAGGAAUUCCUGCGCAGUAUGAAGAAAGGCCUCCCCAAGGACAUCACUGACUCAGAUUGGUUGAACAGACUGGGAAGGUGUCAGCUGACACAACUACUGACCAGUGAAGAGAGAGAGGCCUACGAUACAUGGCGCUGGCAGCUGAGAGAUCGUGGUGGCCAAGAGCUGACGGACGAAGAUCGCUAUCGGGAUGGACUCGAUGGCCUGCUGGGCUCUGAGUCGCCCUAUCUUAGACGGUCAGCCUUGAAUUCCCGACUGCUGCUUCGGUACCCCCACCAUCAACACAGCAUCAGCGAGUCCUAUUUGCUUCUGGCCCUGGGCCAUGUCGGAUACUUGUAUCGCUCGUUGAAGCUAAAGAUGCAAAAGCUCGCCAAACAGGGCGAAAGUAACCAAGCUCUGGCGGAAUAUAUUCGUGCAGAACUUUCGUCCUUCCAUGAAUUCCAUAAUGAACAGUUGACUAGUCGCGGAAGUUUACUUCGUCUCUUCUUGCGCACUCGUGGCUACCAGCAGAGGUUUCAGUUGCUUCUCAACCUACUUCUCAUUGUGAAGAACGGAAAAUCUCGUGUCGUAUCGCUUUAUAAUCAGUUGGGUCAAAGAGUCGAAAGGGAAGAAGUCACAGUUCAAAAGUGGUUGAUGAUCGUCAGCCACCAACUGCUUAUCAAGCUCAACCGCUGGCUAUUGCAGGGUCAACUGCCGGAAUUGGGAUGCGAAGAGUUUUUCAUUGUUCAGAGUUUGGCAUUAACCACAGAUAAAUUUUGGCAGGAACGUUUUCAGCUGGCAGAAGCCUUCUCAACGUUUUUCGAUAGUCGGCUAUCCAUGCUGAUGAUCAGCAUAGGUAGAAACCAUAUGUACUCCAGAUUAUACUUAUUUUCCAAUAUAGAAACUAUCGUUUCAACGAUAGAGCUGCAUUACAGACUGCUUGACGUUUUUCAGCAGCUCUAUCAGAACGGAGACCAGGAGCCACUUUAUCAACUCGUUUCCGAACUGCACCUGGACGUGUGUGGCAAGGUUUUGAGAUGUCUUAACGAUUAUACACCUGCACCAUUGACCCUCUUCCAAAACCUACACAAAUACUUGCUGCUAAGCGAUGUGCAGUUUGUGAGCCAGUUAAUAGAAUUACUUGAGCCUGUGCUGGAGGGGCCAGCAAGCUUCUAUGAUCUCGAGCAAUUGAACUAUAUGAUAAGCAAUAUGUUGCCCAUCCGAGUUCCAGAUCUGUAUGUUGGGGAAACCAUUUCGGAAGCCUCAAAAUGUUGGUCCCGGUUUGUCCUGCAUUGGAAGCUACCCAUCCACUGGAUAGCACUGCUGGGGGAAAGUCUUGAACAGUACGAGUCGGUCUUCCCCGGCCUAUGGAAGUUCCAUCACGCCCAGUAUGUACUCUGCGAACGGAUUAUGAGACAACACUGGCACUUUCGUCAACGUACCCACCUGGACAAUAAGUGCUUGGAGCAUGUGCAGUGUCACUUUGAUAAACUGAUCGACAUCCUUUUGGACCUAAUGGAUGUUUUGAAGAGCUACCUUCUGCAUGAUGUGUUGAACGAGGCCUUUGCCGAGUUCAAGCUGGCUAUUCAAAAGGCCAGAAGCAUAGACGAAAUGCUCGAGGCCAAUAGAAUUUAUCUGGAUGCCAUCAAGCUCGGCUCGUUUCAAAUGAAAACUGUAAAAAGGUGCAGCGAUUACUUGGAAAGAGUCUUCAGUCUCAUCCUCGACUUGGAAGGACGGCAACAGAAGUUCUACAGGCUGUUUCAAAUGUAUGUGGAUUAUGCCUGUAAUGAUUGUUAUGUUGGCUCCAUUUUGGUGAAUUGCUUGCAUGAUUUUCGUUUGUCCUGUCAGAACACUUGCGAUUCUCUCAAUCAACUAGAAGAAGAAAUAUAUGCGGCGAUCUCUGAUUUUCUGUUGAGCUUGCAUGUGGCUGGAUAUUCUUCGCUUAGGUUACUGGCCAGAAAAUUGGAUAGCCAGGGAUUCUACGAGAGCAGAAAGGAAGUACUGGGUUUCGUAGAUACCUAUGCGUUCUUGAGAAUGUCGAAAAAGUGUGAUGCACUGUAAUCUACUUUUGUAGACUUGAGGUUAAUGUUGAGCGAAUUAAGCUUGCUUCAGCAGUACUUUUCUUUUAUUUGUUAAUCUUUAAUUGUUAAUAUGUUAAUUGGUUUAAGGUUUUUGCAUAAAAAGUGUUUAAUA